CCACCAGUCUGUAAAUGUUUGAUGUCAAAAUGCAACAUAAUGUUUUUUUCAAGUAAAACAUCAUCUUUCAAAUACCAUCUCCACAUCUUACUUCUUCUUUUGUUUGGGUAAAAAAAUAACAGCAAUGACAAACAUGACGAAUGACAGCGGCUAGCAACCACUUCCUGUUCCAGUACUAUUUAAGAAACCGGCAGACUACACACACAAUAAUAGUUGCCCGGGUCCACGUCAACACAUCAAGACUGUCCUUCAGGAAGUCCAGAGAUGUUACCCCUGUGGAUGAGGCUCAACCAAGGCCUGAAGGAUUUCGGGGCUAUGGCAGUGGAUGCUUUCAUCAGCGGUAACAGAGAGAACUUCAAGAGAACCACUGUCCUCCUCAUCGUAUGUGUCCUCCCUAGCAUCCUAUUGAGCAUCCUGCUCCUCUUGUAUCUCCUCUAUACUCUCAACUCCAACCCAGCAGUGGCUGGGGGGAUCUCCGCCCUCCAUGGGGUGGUGUUAACGGUAGCCCUUUUCCUGUCAAAGAAAAUACGAUGCUUACUGACUCUUUUGAUCGUCUCUAUUUUCACCAAAAAGAGUCGGAAUUUGCUCUUGACAGCUGGGACAAGUCUAGUGAUCCUCGGGAAUAUUCACAACACUUUGGACAAUCUCACAGGUUUGGUGCGGAGCAUGAUUUGUAACCUAAGAGCGAAGAAGAUGUCCAUCACGGCUCCCUUCAGGAACUACGUGGCCAUGUUGAAAUGGCUGGCUGAUGUACUUCAAGGGGUGACGGAUCUCGGAGUGGUUAACCUGGACUCUCAGCUUAAGAUCUCAUCCAAAGUGGACUUGGAAGAAUUCAGGGAGCGACUCAGCCAAGCAGAAGUGAAGCUAAAUCAAAGUGUCAGAUACGCCUUGACCUUUGUGAACACAGUCUCGUCCGUGAAGGAAGGAGUUUAUCCAGCCAUCAGUUUCCUGGUGCUCGCCAUCUUUAUAGCCUUGCACAUAAAAAACUACUGCACAGACAUGACAUACAAAAACAACUUUAUCAGCGGCAAAUUCAUUCGUUAUGAUGAGAAGCAGAAGGCGGCGGGAAGGCGUCACGUUCUUCCUCUCACAUCAGAGGAGGAGAAGCUUUACCCCGCUCUCCCUUCCCUCCGUCCUACAACCCAGGAAGGAAAAGCGCUGUUGAAAUUUGGCCUUCCGGUUGUGUGCCAUUUAUUUGCUUGGGUUAUUUUUAUAACCGUGGAUGCUUUAUUGUACUGUUUUGUUGCUAUAGUAACCACCAAGCUAUCAGAGAUGGAACCCUUCCACGUCCCGCUGCUGCUAAGCCUCAAAGGGGUAGCAACUCUAAUCGGAAUACAGUUGGCUGAGGAGAACCACCAAAAGGACUUUUCUUAUUCUGUGACACUCUUUGAGAAGGAGUGCCUCCCCAAUCCCAAACCGAUGCUCUACAGCUCGGUGUUUUCGCUGGCUGCCAUUCUGCUGAUCUUGCUCAUGAUGGCACCAGCGGCGGCCAAAGCCGUGCAGUUCAAGCUCUUGGUGUUUGAGAGAUUCUACUCUAACGCAGCAGAAGAAAGGAUAAAGUACCUGCAUGGCAAAAUCCUGAGGGAAAGGUCAACGAGUGGGAGGGAAAAAGCACAGAAUAGGAGCUUUCAUUCACUCAUCAGUAAGCCACACUUCUGGUGUCCAUUGCUUUUCCCGGAAGAGGACAAUGUUGAGUGAGGAAAGUUGAGGACUUCAAAGAUUCCCACUUCAUCCAUUGCAUGGCGACUUAUUUUAAUGACAUCACGUGCAAUGACGAUGGCAGCUGAUAUCCAGUACUUUAAAUCAGUUUGAAUUGUUAACGAAUGCUAGCUCCCUCCCUCAUGUCUCAACAGCCAUGCUGAACAUCAAGUUGAUGGUUCAUCUCCUAUCUGGUGACCAAGGUUAAAGAACCAGAGGACCAGUCGGAAUACAAUGUCAACCCGGAUGACAGUGAAGUUUACAGGAAGGACCUCAUUCCGUGAGUCAUGGUGGACAUCAAUUUGACAACUUUUAGCUUGAUUGCGAGCUCUCUCCACGCUCGUUCGGUGGACGAUGUUUCGAGCUCGGAGCGUGUACAGCGGAGUACCAGACAGGUUGCACGGACAUCAUGUUCUAGCUAGUAAACUUGCUACCUAAAUCAUCUAUUUAUAUGCUUAAUGAUUUUUGAGAAUAUUGUAUGUGAUUUUAUGCUAUCAUCAUAAUAAUAAUGUGUGUGUGUGUGUGUACUGCAUAUAUACUAGAUCAGGGGUCUCAAACACGCGGCCCGCGGGUCAAAUGUGGCCCGCAGGACGCUAAUUUAGGCCCCCUAGUUUGCGAGUUAGCAUGUGUCUCAAGACCCUGCAGUUGCGCAAUAUGUUGUAAAUACAGAAAAGUAUAAAUGUGACUAUAGUCGUGUUUUGUCAUGUCUACAGGGCUCUAAUAAUGCUUUGUUCAUUUUAAUCUGAAAAAAAUAAUUUGUCUACCCACCAACUAUAUGUGGUUUCUUAGGUUUUUAUUAUUUGCUGUUUUAUUAUUAUUAUUAUAUUUAUUUAUU